AUGGCCGCCGGCAUGGCCGCUGUGGUUGGCUGCCCAAUCUGCGACUCGGGCUCGCCGUCCAUGGGUGCCGCACUCGCCGCAGACUGGAGCUAUGGCGACUUGUCAGGGCCCAACGAGUGGGGUGCGGUGUGCAAGACCGGCUCGGCGCAGUCGCCGAUUGACAUCUCCUUCACGGCGCCUAAGAUCGUGUCGGAUAACAGCAUUGGCAAGCUCGCCUUCGGGUACAAGCGCGCCGAUGCGACUUUCCUCAACACUGGCCACGGCACCAUGCAGGUGAAUUUCCCGGGCGGCAGCAACACGUGCGAGAUCGGCGGGCGCAAGCUGGAGCUGCUACAGUACCACUUCCACGCGCCCAGCGAGCAUUCCUUCAACGGCAUCCGUACCGCCAUGGAGGCUCAUCUCGUCCACCGCGACGCUGACGGCAAGCUCGCAGUCGUAGGGGUGAUGCUGGAGGCGGACCCCAAGGCCCCGCGGAACCUCUGCCUCGAGGCGGCUCUCGCCUUCUCGCCCAACGAGAAGAACAAGCAGAUUGCGGGUCCAGUGGAGUGCUUCGAGGUGCCAGCAGUGGGCGGCGGCAAGCCGUUGAAGCAGUGCCUCAAGAUUCAGAUCAGCCCCGAGCCUCUCCUCCCCAAGCCUGACAGAGCGGACGGUGCCCACAACUACAUUCACUACAAGGGCUCGCUCACCACGCCCCCCUGCUCCGAGGGCGUUGACUGGUUUGUCCUCUCCUCCCCCAUGCGCAUCCCUGAUGCCCAAGUGGUUGAGUUCAUGCGCUACGUUGGAGACCGCCAGACCCUCGCCCUUAACUCGAGACCUCGUCAAGACCUUGGGGACCGUUUCCUGGUCGUUGGUCCUGCCUAA